AGAAGUGAAUAGCUGGGCCGCUUGGCUUGCGAAGCUCGCCACUUCAAGGCGCGUGAUUGUUCUCGGCAGUCAAAGAGAAUUCAAAUAGAGAUAGAGAUACAACAGCUCGACAGUGAUUAGGCUAGCUGAGCCGCUUGCGAAGCUUGGUAAUUCAAGGUGCGCGAUCGUUCUUGACCCCAAAAGAUGCCACCGGCGCAACGGCUGCGAAGGCCGCGCCGUCUAGAGUCGAAAGCAACCAGUAACAUAUGUCGAGAUCGUUUACUCGAGUCGAAUUUGAUCAGAUUAUCGCUCGGCAUACAUAGGACGUUUCGCCCCCUACUUAGGGCAGCUGUUUCAACUCAUGCGUGAAAUCGAGUUGAUUAAUAUCGGGCCCGUUUAUUUAGGAAGCUUGGCAUUAAAAAGAAAGUCCCGUCGACAGUUUCGGAGUAUUGAUCUGGGCAACAUUCCCUGCCAAGACUCCAGAGUGUGUAGAAGUGAGGUGGCUAGAACAACAAGACAACAAUGUAGAGAAGUGGAUUGCAUUGGAUCAACAGCUGAAAGAACGAGAGGGACCGACCUACUCCUAUUUUCUCGUAUAUGUACUCCCUGUCCCUUAGACACGCGUCCACGUCUACAGGACUGAGAAAAGAUGCCGCAGUCACCACCUCGCUGUCGCUUGCCAGAGGACAUCUUUCGACAGGAGGUGAGCAACAAGGGAAUAAACGAAGUACAACUAGAGCAGGAACAAGAAGGAGCAGUUGUAAAAGGAGAUAGGCACCACGGGGGUUCAUCUUCUUUUACCGUAGAACAAGAAGAAAAACAAGUGUCGUUCCUCAACGAAGGUUUUGUUCUUGACGAUAGCGGUUCAUUCGUAGUCGAGGAUGCUUCCGAAGAGGAUAUGAAAAACACUAGCACUACGAGUGUUGAGGAGUUAGAAAUACAACAUCAAGGCGUAGUACCCACUCCAUCCCAAGCUUCUGAAGUUCCAGGUGUUGAAGCAGUACAAGACGACAUCAGGGGGCAAGAGGAUGACGAAGAGGAGGAAAUCCGCAGCAAGAGCAACAAGAAUGCUCAUCUUCCCUCUUCUUCCUCCACUUCCUCAGAUGAGUAUGCGUCUCCACAGCAGUGUCUUGAAGACGGUCUAGAAGAGCUAGACGCACUAGAAGCGUCAUCUCCUCCAAACACACAACCUGAUGACGACCCUGACGGAGAUGUAGAUGAUGAAGAUGAUCUAGAUCAUCUAGAGGACAAACCUCCUAGUGGAGGAGACUCUGGAGGACUCGCAGUCAACGUGGACCAAAUUUUAGAAGAAAUCGGGUCAUGGAGACAGCGAGAACCGCUUACUCCAGAGACAGAGGACAUGGAAGAAGAACUACAGCAAGAAGAAGGGCCGAAAUGUACUGCGCAGAUGACACGUGCUCUACAAUUGCAUAUGCAAGACAUCUUCGAAUUCGAAACGUCCAAUGAUGUAGCUUUGAACAAGCAGGACGCGGAGGACAAGACAACUGACGGCAGCAACAACCGUCUUCGACCUGGUGCGCGAAUCGUGAGACCAUCUCUGGCUGAAAUUGAGCGAAAGUUUAAUCCACCAAGUGCAGAAGAAGGUGGACGCAAACUAGAUGCAGUAGAGGAGGACGACAUGUCUUCUAGAAUUGCUAUUUCUGGUAAUUCUAAUUUGCCUCCAAGAGUAGACCACAGUUGGAGGACCACUUCUGGCUCACAUUCAUCUACUAGAGGUCCCGGUCCAAGAAUACCCGCUCCGACCGACUAUGGCGUGUUCACUCGUGGGAGACAACUGAAUCCAACGUCUGUUACUUCGUCUUCUGGAGCCCCAACGCCUUCGUUCAACAAGACCAGUUCUUCUACUGCAGGAUCGACAGCGGCGCAUAGUACGACACCAGGUGCUUCAUUCCUCAGUUCUCAUGGAGCGUCAAAUCUGACGUUGAGGGGUAUGAACGGUGGCGUGUCCUCUCGAUUUGGAGAUAAGCGAACUUCAUGCUUCGUCAAGGGAACCAUCGUGGAUGAGGAAGAUGUUGAGGUACCAGACGAAGAACUUUUUGCAGAAUUUUCUCCAAAGUUGAAUGAAUUUUAGCGCAGAUCUACAACUUAAAAAUUCUACUCCAAAAAUUCCAGGUCGUUUCCAGAGGAGACGGUCACGUAGGCCGCGGCGAAGAGGAAGCGGAGAUUAUGAGGCGACUGCACAAUAUCAAGCAAAUGGAGGUCAGCGAAGCAGAUAUCAUCCGACGUUUACAGGAGCAGAAAAAUGGAGGCGCGUCUUCAUCGUCUACUUAUCAAAAUGGACGAGGCAGCAAAAAUCAUGCUGGACAACAACAACAUCAUCUCAACAGUACUAGAGAUCAUGAACAAGGAGAUGAAGAAGACGAUGAGGAAGAUGGGGAUGACCCGCUUCCUCCCAUGGUCAUUUACGAGGAUACGGAUUUGUUAGAGCAAAUGACGCGACUGGAGCGAGAAGCAGAUGGCGGCGAAGAUCGUUAUGGCAGAAUUACAACUAUCGACUUUGACUGACUUUUAUUAAUACUGAUAGGUUUUUUUUUGUUGGUGCAAGCAUGGGUACUCUGCUCUCUAACCAACUUGAUGCGAGAAGGAAAGAUAUUAGCACUAAAGAUAAUCUAAAUCAAUAUAUAUCUUCUUCCUUCGUACACCUUUUCUAACCUCCAGACAGCGGCGAAGAUGCACUUACUGCAGCGCAUCGGUUGCGACUUGCUACGGACCGCGAACGUGCACGACAGAUUCUAGAGUUAGAACAGCGGAAGAUCGCAGAAAGACGCCGCAUGGAGGCAGAGGCCAUAAGAGAGGAGGAGACGCGACAGGCCAGACAAAUGGAAGAGUUAGAGCGCUUAGCCAGUACAGAACGCCACAAACGUAUUGAGGCUGAACGUCUGAAAACGGUGGGGGAAAGCAGUGAGUUUUAUGAUCGUGGUAAGUUUUACUACUUCUUCUGGCGCAAAGUGUUGGAGCAGAUGUCGAAUCCGCCGAAGCCUGAUGAAGGCCAGCAGGGUCUGCCCUUCCAUCUGCAAACUUCCGCUUGGCUUGGGAACAGCAAUGGGUCAGGAGACGCGGAACAGAGGGCGCGCGUCGAAAAACACAGGCUGUACGCUGCAGCUCAGACGGCGAUCCGACAGCUAGGCCAAGUGGAUCAUCAUCAGCAUGGAUUGUUGUACUUGGCCAGGCAUAUUACUUCGUGUGGAGGAGACUCACUAGAGUAUCCGGAUCGAACGUAUUUUGAGAAAGACGAAGAGCAGAGGAUAAACAUCAAAGUUCUAGACGAUGAGGUAGACAAAGACAUCAAGCACGACUUGUCAGAUGAGAAGAUGACGUCACAACCUCAACCUACAGCACCAGGCGCUUCUUCAUCUUCAACACAACACGAGGACAAGGCUGGAGGGGGCUCUGAGGAUAGUCGUGAACCUCCUGGAACAACAUCAAAUGUAACAAGAACUUGUGCCUCGAAGAAGUUUUCGGUCUACGGUUAUGACUUCGAGGACAUCUAUGAUACGGAGGUGGUGACUCGGGCACAGCUGGCAUCACAAGAAUUGAUGAAUAACUUGCAAAGGGAGCGGGUGGAGCUUCCUGACCUGGCAGCGCACUUCAUGUUUGCGCUAUACUCCGGUCGCAUGGCGAGUACUGCUCACGUCACAGGCGUGCUGUCGCACUUGGUUACGCAUCAUAUCCACGAGAGCAGAGGUACAACUGCACUGCUUUUUCAUCCUAUUGUGAGUAGAAAGAAGAUUAAUAACGUGUGUUCCUUCUACGUACAUUGAAGCAACUACCGAAAUGAAGCACCUUUUACCCCAUACUUUAUUAUAAGUGAUCAAAAAAUCCUUCCAAAGGGAAUCUGAUCACCUCCUCAGAUUGGUUUCUGGCGAACGACUGUUUGUAUCUGCAGUGGCUUGGCGUUUUGCUCCCAGAGAUUGGCACCAUCGAUCUGUUGUUGAUGUUGUUUCUGGGACCGAAUAGCAACUACCAACCGGGUCCUGUGAAGCAGGUCAUCGCGGAUUUGAACUGUCAGUGGGCUCGGGAGGCUUGUCAUGGGUGGUUGUCUCCCUUGUUGCGGAAAUACAUCGACGGUUUAGAAGCGGCUAUUCGCCACAGAGACCAGCAAAACAUCAUGCAGUUGCUUGAGUCGACGGACAGUCUUCAGCGUAGUGUAGUGCCGUCACCGACCUCAGUGGAGAGCACAAUCGAAGAGCAAGACGACGUGUGCAGUCGUGUUGUUUCGUCAAUCGUGGCCGGCGCGUGCACAGAUAUGAGCAGCAAGAAAACGAAUCACGUCGUUCUGAGCAACAGUGACGAGGAAACGACGGCUCCUUCGUCUAGCAGUAGUAGUAGCAGCAGUGCUGAAGAACAAGAGCAUGACGCUGCCACACCUGGCAUAUCUUCAGACGAGCAUGACUUGAAAAACAAAAAGAAUGAGCGGGGUCAACAUGAUGGUACUGUCGUAGAACAGGAGGCAAGUACUUCCUCUACAACGACAUCUGCUUCAACAACUGCUAGUACGGCAGAUUUGCCUGAUUUAGACGUGCUUCCUUCGCUGAUUUGCUUUUUCCUACGCCUUCUUGAGCACAUGGAGAAGAUUCCAAAACCCUUAAAAGAGAGAGAAACCUUGCUCUUUUUGCACACCAUGGUCGAUGAGUCUCCUUUUCUUGAGUUCCUAGCAGCUUGUGCCAAUCAGAACAAUGAGGAGUAUUGUUGGGACGCGAUCAGGUGUAUCGAGGUGGUCCUUUCGGUCGCGCCGUCGCUCGCGUAUCGGUUUAAGAAGCCGCUGUUGAGGGAUUGGAUUCACAAGCGGCCAGACAGGGAGUACAAGAGCUACAACGCAUAUUAUCCGGCAUCACCGGUUGAGGCGAUUUUAGCAGGCAACAUCGCCAGUGGAGCUGCUAACCCGAUCUUUUCGCUUCAUUUGGGCGGUGGGACCUAUUCGCUACUCUCUGCACUCGGAAAUGAACCAGGAGCUGGAGGCGUAGUUGGAGGUGCUGAAACCGCAGCGGCUAAUCCUACUACAACUAAUUCCUCUAGUGGUUACGAACAACAACAAGAUAGUAGCUGCAAUCCGUUUGCUGGGGCAGCAGUCGGUGAGAUGCAUCUAGCUCCCUUUACUGCAGCAUCAACUUCUGCGUCUUCAGAUUCAGCAAUAGGCUCUUCUGCUUCUGCAUCUUCAGACCGGAAGAACUCAUCUGAAGAAAAUUGGGCUCAGCUUGUUCAGGGUAUCCACGCGUCCAGUUCCACGAGUUGUUUUCCAGACCGACAGGGAGUUGUCAAGUUGAUAAGCGACGCUCGUGCGGAUCAGAGCUCCAAUGCUUCUACGAGGAGUUCUAGUACCUUGCGCCUUGGCAGCUACGUCACGUGCAUGUUGCGCCUCGUCUCAACGACCCUAAAGUCCAUCAGCGAGAAUGGAUGCGGCCCUUCUGCGAAUGGUCGUGACUAUCUGCCUGCUGCGAGCAGCUAUUACUACCACAACCCUGUGCCUUCGCCUGGAGGGGUAGCGGCGACUGAAGGGGGGAUGGCUGUGACGGAGAUUCUCUAUGAGAUUCCUUUAGACACCUGGCAGCGAUGGACUCAUUGGUACCAGCAAACGACGAAACGAAAUCAAACAGCGCAUCUGUAUUUGACGCAGCUCUUCAAAUUGCUCAUCACGUUCGGACAGCAACCAUCUUCGAGUAUUGAAGAUGAACAAAUGAACAAGAUGAGUCAGCAGGCAGGUAGUUGCGGAAACGUGCUGUUUCUGCGUGGUUCAGCGUCGGACGAAGGUGCUCCUUCAGCGUCUGAUGAGCAGGAGCAGUCGUGCGACAGUGGCGGAGAGGGUGGCAUCAACACCUUUAAAUCACCAGAGGACCACUGGGCUACUACAUCAAAUGUCGCUCCUGCUUCAUCGUCUAGUUGUAGUCAAAAUGAUGCAGGUGGUGUGGAGAUGAAUCAAGAAGGUGGUAGUUCUACUUCAUCUUCAACCGGCAUGCCUGGAGCGGGUGAAGAAGAGGCUGCAUCUGCUGAUGUCAGCCCUUCCUCUGGUCGGUCUGCUGCUAAAGAGAAGGCUGGCAGCAAUGUUUCAACCUCAACAUCUGGUGUUCCAGCGCGAUCAGGACGGCGAUUUGACUUUGACUUGCAAAAAGCUGUGCUACCACUGAUCCUGAAGCAAGCGCUGAGUGAGUAUGUCCGGUUCAACGACGAGAAAUACUCACAUCGUCGACGAGACGAAGCUCUGCGAGCGUUGUACUCGCACUACAGUGCUACAUACGGCGAAGGGGCUUUGGGUGAGUUUCUAGAGAACCUGAAUCUCGAUAAUAGAGCUGGUUCAUCAGGCGCUCCAAAUGAAGAAGAUCAGCAGGAUAGUACAACUUCUCCUCCGAAUCUUCAAGGGACCACUUCAAUUAAGGGCACAAGAAAUCCAGCCUCACUGUCAUCUCGGUCCCGUUUUUAAAGGGAAAAGGAGACCCAAGAUGCUGCUGAGGAUGGAUUUCCAUUAGUUCUAAUCCAAACAAAAGAAGACUGAAUCACGAUGGCGAUGAUGAUGCAGCUAAAAAUGGAGAAGGUGACGCUCCUGAGAAUGAUGACGCUUCCGAUCGCGACAUGUCGAAGGAUGAAGAGACUACAGAGGCAGGAACCCCUGAUGCCGACGGCGAUGAUGAUAUCGCAAAAUACGACGACGAGGACGAAGAUGAAACCAAUAGUGCUGGUCUUUGUCACAAAAAUUCCGAAAAAAAUGACAGCACUGACUCUGGUGAUCAAGCUGAAGAUGACGAGCACCCAUCAAGUGAGGAUACAGCUAGUGAUGGCGCGCAGAAGCCAUCCUCGUCGCGUUUCUCACGCACUGGCUUUCUUCAAUCGAUUGCAGGCAAGGCUGGCUCGCUAGCAGGAUCGCUGGUGGAUCGUGUCCGGCGUAAAGUUACCGACGUGGACGAGGACGAGUCGGGCGAUCAGGACGACGAUGACAUCUAUGAGAACUGCGCAGAGGAAGAGGAAGACGACAAAACUGAAGCUGUUGUAUCUCCUACUUCAUCUGGAGGUUCCUCUGCUUCUCCUGAAAAAUCAGCAACGACUUCUGUUUUUUCAUCAACUCGGCGCGAUGUUGGGUGUAAAGCAGGAGAGCUUGCGAAAUCGUUUUCGCUGGAAGAUGCGGAUGCAGCGUCAUCUGGUGUUCCUUUCAUAAUUGGUGGAGAUAGCGAUAAUACAGAUGAAGGACCAGCACAAGUAGAAGGAAAACUCAAUGAAUCUGAUGACUCAAUGUCGAACGCCACCUCUUCUUUCUACAGAAAUCUCGCUUUAGACGCUCUGUCAGACGACUUGAUCAAUGCAGAACUGCAUGAUGCUAUCAGCUGUUCGGCUGCGAAUAUAGUUGGCAGUGACGGAGACAGAGAUCGCACUACAACAUCUACUGACAUCAAACAUGGCACCGAUGAGGUCGUCCUCGAAGACAUCGAGGAUACGCCAGUUGUGCCUCGACCGGCAGGUAGUAGUACAACAGGUGAUCAAGAUUUGUUUGGCGAAGUAGUAGGAGAAUCUGACGAGUUGUCAGAGCAAUCGCCGUCGUUCGAGGAAGAUGGUCUUUUGGCAGGGCAGGAGGGAGUCAUGACGAAGAAGAAGCAGCCAAGUCCUGGAGAUUUGGCUGAAAUCGCGACACCAGAGGAUGAAUUUGAAGAUCAUAGCUGUGGAUCGAGUUCGGAGGAAGAGGAAAAUCUUCUCGAUUUCGUGCAAAAGACCCGACCUGACGUCAUGUCCUCUGGAGCAGAUGAACUACUGGAAGACAAUGAUCAAGAACAAGAGGAUCAACAUUUAUUCGACGGUGAAGGUGAUGAAGACAUCACAGGAGAUCAAGACUCAACAACCUCAUCGCAAGAGAGUGGAGAUCUUUUCAACGGCACGAUGGACUUCAGUUCAACUACUAUGGCUCUGGGAUCUACGGGAUUUUUUGGAGAGAAGAAUUCCUCAUCAACAACACAACUGAAACUAGCGAUGAACAAUUUGAGGAUCGACCAUGACCUUCUAGGCGAACAAGACGAGGAUGGGGAGGAGAGGGAAGAUGAACAUGGAGAGGCACCUGAAGUAAAUUUAAGGGUUGGAAGUUGACAUCUAUCAUCUCUAUGCGCAUCUCUACUAUGGCUUCUAUCUCAAGUAGGAAAGUGAUACAGAUUUAUGGGAGCUAGAGAUGGCAACUCUCAACCCCUAAUAAAUGGCGACGAUGAAGACGAAGUACGCACAGAUCCGGGUGACUUCUUUGAAGAUCGUGGUCGAGAUGGUCUUGGAGAUCAUGUGGAGGAUGACGAGGAAGAUCGUGGAGAUGGAGAUCCUUUGAAGUCUUCUGCUUUUACAGGAGGAGAGGAACAAGUGGAAGUUGGUCGUGCUCAACAAGAUGCUGUAGACGGGGACACAAACCCGCCUGUGGAGGUUGAGGAAGCAUUUUUUCAACAUGCGACUAUGGAUUUUUCCGUUGAUGCCGCGGUGGCGAGAGCCAGAUCGCCAGCUGGCGCCGUGUCUCCUAGCGGGAGUCCCCUCGUCGACGUCGCAGCGAUUCCUGAUUCGGAAGAAGAAAAGCUGCCCUCGCCACCACCAGGGAUGCGGCGAAGUAAAGUGCCAACUGCUAAAUGGGCCAUGGCUGAAGGAACCGCAGGCUACUCGGAUCUGUUGGACCAUCUUUUAGCAUCACAGAAUGCCCAACUAGUGCGCAAACUCUUCAGCAACGACGAUUUGAGCGAUGAUGAGCUGAUCGCUUCCGGCGUUAGCAGUGGUCACGAACGCAGUCAAGAAGAAGAGGAUGAGGACGUGAGUAGUCGAGACCACGAAGCUGCUACAACGAACAAGAACACUACAAGAACACUAUCUUGUUCCAACGAUAAUAUUGCUUUAAGGCUGUACCUAAUUAUACAUCUUUGGACAUCUUCACAUCCUUGAUGAAAUGUAUGGACGAGGAGUAAUAUCCCAAGAGAAUUAUACUCCCCCAUACUUUUCAAGGAUGCACUUUCGAAGAUGCAAUUACGGACCGCUCUAAUUGCUCCUACAACCGUACAAGCUCAGAGUAACGCUUCGUCUUCAGGCAGCACGCUUGAGGUCCUCGAUGACAUCGUGAACGCUUGUGCCACGAGCCUGUUUGCAACAGAAGCUGUUGGUAGUAGCGACGUUUCUUCAGGACAAGAGCAACAUCCAUCAACGUCGUCCUCUUCCUCUUCGUUGUUCUCGGAGGAGAAAGAGCAGGCCUCAACCAUGAAUGCUCCUCUUGAUGCAGACGUAAAGGACAUUCGCCUCGAUGACUGUACAUUGAGCGAAGAGGAGAUAAGUGCUAUGACGAGGCGUCUCAAGCAAGGACAGCUUAAGAUUAAGGCUACCGCUGGACCAUCCUCAACGUCAUCCCUCCUUGGCCCUUUUUUCAAGGAGAAAAAGGGACCAGGGAGGUUCUCGGGGAUGCGAGCGCGGUAGCUCUAAUAAGAACGGUGGAUCAGCAACUUCCUCAAUGCCCUCAACAUCUACUUCCGCUUCUUCAGCCUUGUCUGGUAGUGGUACUUUCUCGACGACAAGGAGAAAGGGACAAACGACCGCAACCGCUUCGACGCGACCUAGAGAAAACUUUUAUUGCCUUUUCAACGGAGAACAGGAUCGCGACUAUGAUUCACGUGGCAAUUUUUCCUCUGGAGGUGCUUCCAGUAGCUCAUCGCGUACAGAGGACCCUUUUUCGUCAAAAGAUCUCGAUGACGAUGACGAGAUAGACGAUGACGAGAUAGACUCGGAAGAAUAUCACGGCACAUCUGUAGUUGGCGGCUCAGCUUCAUCAAACACAAACAAGAAUUCUUCAAGUAGUUCUUCUUCCUCUCAAUUGUUGAAGAAGUCUUUGUCGACACCAGCGAACAACGAUGGGGAACCCGGCGGGCAUCAUCGCGUAGAUAAAGCGACGAGGCCAAAACGGAAGUUGGUUCGUGGUAGCACAGUGCAUGGCGGGUGUUCUGAAAAGCGACCACAUCUCAGUCAAGACGACUAUGCGCGCUUGCAGGAUCUGAUGAAUCGCCGUGAUCUCAUCAAGGAAUGGUGGGGAUGGGAUGGGCGCCGCAAAAAGAAUCAACAGACCCAUAGGUCAAUUUAUGGCAAGAACUUCAACUCAGUACAACUAGGCGGCCUCAAAUGAUCAAGUUCAUAUGCUUAGUACAAGUUCUUGCAGAUGAUGAAUGAGGAAUCUAAAUCCAUCUAUGUUGUUUCUUCUACUCGAUUCUCUCUGCUUGAAGGCUUUACUAGCUUUUUCUAAUCCUAUGCCCCAAGGGAUAUGUUGCCGAAGCUGAUCGAGUACGCAGAGAAGGAAAACAGAAAGCAGUUUGGUGGAGGAGGAGGCGGAUCGCCGAUAAAUCCAUUCUAGUAGGAAUUCGGAGAGGUCGAAUAUUUGCGCGAAUUACGAAUGACACAAAUUGUGAACGGGAAGAUGUAGUUUUGAGUUUUUAGAUAAGUACUUCGGAAUUCAGUACAAUGCUCACCAACAAGCUAGGUGCAUUGGCAUCCGAUAAUUGAUUGUUUAUGACUAUCUAUGACAUUGAGCUCGACGCAGGAGAAAUGGAAAUGCAUGCGGUAAGGAUGUUGAUACCAUUAUGAGUUAUUAGGAAAAUCGAAAAGAUAGUAUCUAUGGGUAUACCUGCUAUGAUCUGCAGAGAGAAGGGGCGUAAAACUAGACUAACAAAGUGAUCGCUUGCAUUUACAUGAUUUACUUCAAUUGACAAUGACAUCAAUAAAAAUAUUGUUAUAUAUUUUGUAAGAUUAAGAUCCACAUCUACUUACUGGCUUGUUACAACGCUUACAUCAUGUUGGGGAACAACAGAAACAAUUAAACUACGACCACCUACAACAUGUUGGGUAUAAAACUCACUACGACUAAAACAUCUAUUGACAUCGCCAUCAUAGUCACCAUUGUGGAUCCUUUUUUUACUGAAUGAAAGAAUUGCACAUUUUAUUUUUGCUUACCAAGACGAGAUGCUUGCAGUUGCUGCAAUGCAACAAUAAUUAAUAUUUGGUCACAGACAACUCGAUGAACAUCAUCCAAGCCUAUCGCUUCUCUUUGAUACAAAUUUUUUGAACAAAAAUGAAAUUUCACACAGACUUCUCUUAAAUACAGCUCGUACAAGUCGUUGCACUAAUAUGCAUUGGAGGUAAAAAUACUUCAUGAUCUGGCUGCUCCACCACGCACCUACAGAUGAAAACGGAAAGCGUGGAUAAAAAUAUUGUAUCUAAUAUUUGUUGUGACAGCAAUAAUCGUUUUAUUUUGUGGACAGAAGACUGACUUAGCAGAUGUUGUGAAGCAGCAAGUGAAUGAAUACAGAUCACAUCUUUCAACAACAUAGCAGUUGAAGGUGAUUAUAUCUAAUGAAAAAAAUGGCUCAAGCUGAUCAGGUCGUCAACAUGAUGGAUCGUGCGUAGUAUUUACCAUCGUGCGUAGUAUUCACCGUCAAAAAUUAUUGUAGCCACUUUCAUGGCUGCUGGGGAUAUAAUGAGAUGAUGCAAAGGAAGAUUUUUUCUGACUUUUCUGACUUUUUCUGAGACCACAUGCAACGAACUUUGCUGAAAACACGCAGCUACAAGAGAACAUAAUGAUGUAUAGAAAACUCGCUGUAGCAAACUAUGAUUGAUAU